AUGAGCGAACCACAAUCACCUGAUUCAUCAUCACCAUCAUCAUUAUUGUCACUUAAUUCAAAUGGUUGGUUUCGACAAACACCUUAUUUUGCUGCUUUUUCUAAUCCAGCAUUAUUACAAAGUAUUAUGCACCAUCAAUCCGAACCAAAUAAUAUUGAAGAACAUUUAAAUCGUCGUAUACUUCGUUUAGUUGGAACACAAGAUCCAUUUAAAUUAUUUCUUGAUUUAGAGCGCAUUAAAAAGAAAUGGUUCUAUGCACAAGAUACACGACAAAUUUCAAAACGAAAAAAAUUUACACAAUAUGUUCUUGAUACUCAUUUAUUGGAAAUGAUUUAUCCAAAAUUACAGGGUAAAAUUGAUUUAAUUCGAAUGAUUAUAAAUGUUUAUCGACAAAUUCAACAAGAAGCAUUUGGGAUCGUAUUAAUUAAUAAACAAAAUAAAGUAUUUUUGGUACAAAACGAAAAAUAUUAUUGGAGUUUUCCAAAAGGUAAACUGAAAUUGAAUCCUGAUACAUAUACAUUCGAAAGUCAAUGGUCAUGUGCAUUACGAGAAUUUGAAGAAGAAGUUAAUGUUAAUUUAUCUUCAUGGUCUCCAUCACAAUAUUGGGAAGCUCGUUUAGCUGAUAAUCGUAUGGUUGGAUUAUUUGUUAUUGAAAAUUUUGAUGAAACAACUGUUAAUUUUGAAUUUGAUAAACGAGAAAUAAUUGAUAUUAUGUGGUUUAAUUUAUGUACAAAUAACGAUGAAAUGCAUACAUUAAGACAAUAUUGGAAAGAACAACAACGAUUAACUGAUCCUUAUUAUACAGCACUUCCAUUUAUUGAACAUUUAAUAUUUGAAUAUUUACCACACAAGGAAAAUAACGAGCAAAACCAAUCAUCAUUAUCAUCGAAUUUAAACAAUAAAGAAAAUGAAGAUAGUUUAUCAUCAUCGGAUAAUUCAGUUAUUGAUAAACUUUUAGGUCGUUUACCUAUUUGGCCAACAAUACCGCCUUUAUCUACUUCACCAUCAGAUGAUACUGGUUCAGAAUUAUUAAAUUUACUUCAACAACAGCCAAUCAAAGAAUCAUCAGAAUUAAAUCAAGUCGAAAUAAGUAUAAUUGAUCGAUUGAAUGAAGCGAUUCGCCAAGCGAACUAUAAUAAUAAUUCAAAUUCAACAAAUAAUACCGAUCAUCGCAUUGCGGUGCAAGCCUAA